AUGAAAUGUCAAGAAGAUUUAAAGCAAUAUAUAGAAGUACUGAAUUUAUUUUCUGAUCCACCUAACGUGAAAAUGCAAGACAAAAUUUCUCUUGGCAUACUCUACAACAUCUGUUACUAUUUAUCGCCUCAAGAUAUUUCAAUGUUGAUGUGUGUUUGUAAACAUUUUAAAAUUAUGCUAGGUGAAAAGUAUUUUCCAAUGGCCAGAAUUAUUUGGAAGCAUUCGCGCGAAACCUUCACUCCAUUCAAACAUAUGGAUCCACCUUUUGAUUUAACAGAAAAACAAUUUGCCAUGAUUUUGAAUUUUCAAAAGGGUUGUCAGAUUUGUAAAAGAAAAGACAAAACUAUUCAAAUUUAUUGGGUUGAUUUUAUAAGAUCUUGUAAAGAUUGUUUGCAAUACAUGGCUAAAAGUCGAAAACAAUUGCUGGAUUGUGAGUGGGCGAGAAAUGAAUGUGUGAUUGACUGUACACCAUAUGUAAUACCAUAUUUAGAUACCACAAAAACAAAAUACUAUUUACCCACCCAAAUAAUGAAAACACAAGCUGAAUAUGAUAGUUUACUUUUCUCUAAUCAAAAUUUAUGGGUAGCAAAAAAAAAACUAGAAGCUGAACAAUUUGUAGAUCAAUCACUUAUUCUUUUUGAAUGGGUUAACGAAUGUUUGAAAGUGCAGCACAACAUCCAAUUAACAAACCUGGGUUUUAUCAUAUCACGAGUCUGUAAUAAAUUUCCUUCUUAUACAAUGGAUCAAUUUGAAAAGCAUCCUUUAACUUUGAAAGUAAAAAAACUUGUUUCUUCAAAUCCAUGUAUAAAAAUUGAUUGGCAAAAAUUUGAAAUUGAAUUAAUUGAUUCAAUCGAAUCAUACAAUGACAACGAUUAA